AUGGCCGGCGAACCAUCCGCACAAAAGAAGCGCCGACUUCCCUUCAAGCCACCAAGUCGGGCCUCAAGUACCGCGGGCCCGUCCUCCGCCGCCGCACCUAAACCCAAAAGCAAAUCCAAACAGACUACCACCAAAUCAUUGUCAUCAGCAUCCGCUUCCAAAUCCACAAGCCGCAAAUCCUCUUCCACAAAACGACCGCGUGUCGAAUCCCCGCCCGCUCUAGGCUCUGACGUGGGAUCAGACGGUGCCUCCGACACAUCCAGCGACAGCCGCGAGCGCUCUCUCUCACAAGAACCGGACUAUAUCCUUGCGGAGAUUAUCACGCACAAUGAGACUGAGGACGUGGCAUCGAGCGACCCAAAGAUACCGCCAAAGUUGCUGACGCGCCUUCUGCACCACCAUUUCAAGAAUGAGAAGACCAAGGUUGCGAAAGAUGCCAAUGCGGUUGUCGCGAAGUAUGUGGAUGUCUUUGUGAGGGAGGCUAUCGCGCGUGCAGCAUACGAGAGGGUGGAGACGGAUGGUGCUGGGGAUAGGAGAGGUGCUGGGGAUGGUUUCCUCGAGGUGGAAGAUCUCGAGAAAAUGGCGCCACAGCUUACGAUGGACUUUUAG